AUGGAUCGGGACAGGGUCAGGGAACCGGAGCCCCCCAAAACCCAGCCCGGGCACCCCCCCGGCCCCACCCGCUGGGGCAUCUGCUCGGCCGGGGCCAUCAGCCACGACUUCGUGGUGGCCCUGAAGACACUGCCGCCCCUCGGAGCACACGGUGGCGGGCCCGUGGCCGCCCGGGAUUUGGGGCGCGCCCAGGACUUCGCGCGGCGCUUUGGGAUCCCCCGAGCCUACGGAUCCUACGAGGAGCUGGCCGAGGACCCCGAGCUGGAUGUGGUGUACGUGGGGGUGGUGAACCCUGCCUCAUGCCCACGGGGGCUGCUGUUCCUGCGCCGGGGCCGGGCCGUGCUCAUGGAGAAGCCGAUGGGGCUCGGGGCCCGCGAGGUUGCGCAGCUCGUGGGGACGGCGCGGGAACGGGGGGUCUUCCUCAUGGAGGGGUUCUGGACCCGUUUUUUCCCGGCCUGGCGGCGGCUGCGAGCCCUGGUGGCCGAGGGGGCUCUGGGGGUCCCCUGGUGCUGCGGGGGUGCGCUGGGGUUCGCCCUGGCGGGGGUCCCGCGGCUGCGUGAGCCGGGGCUGGGCGGGGGGGUCCUGCUGGACCUGGGGGGCUACGGGCUGCAGAUGGCCCUGGCCCUGCUGGGGGGCGGCGCCCCCCCGUCCCUGCGGGCCCACGGCGUCCUGCAUGAAACUGGGGUGGACGAGUCGGUGUCGGUGACGCUGGAAUUCCCCGGGAACGGCCUGGCUGCGCUCACCUUCUCCAUGGCUGCGGAGCUGCCGGGGGGCGCGGCCGUGGGAGGACCUCGGGGCUGGGCCGAGUUUCCCAGCCACAUGAACUGCCCGACCGAGCUCCUCUUCGGGGGUCGCCGCGAGCUCUUCCCGCUGCCGCCGCCCUCGGAGCCCCUCAACUUCCCCCACAGCACCGGGCUGCGCUACGAGGCCCAGCACGUGCGGGAGUGCCUCCUGCAGGGACUGACUGAGAGCCCAGAGAUGCCACUGGCCGAGAGCGAGGUCAUCGCGCAGCUGCUGGACGAGGCCCGGGCCCAGGUGGGGGUGGCAGUGCCUACUGCCCACUCUGGAGUGACCUCUGACCCCCCCGAGUGACCACUGGAACAACCACGGCAGCUCCAGCAUCGACCGUGGUUAAAUAAAAGCUCGAAAACCUCCCCAAAA